UGCCUUGUUGCCGUCGUGCCCGUCCUUUUCUUUGUGGUUGCCCCUGCUCUUCUUGACUUCCUGGCCCGUGCACAGCUGACCCAAUAUUCCCAUUCAUUCCGUCACCUGAAAGACUUGCCUGACUUUCUUUCUCUCCCCGCUACCAACUUUCGCAUUUACAGUCACCAUCACCAAAACUACGAAAUCAAAACGAUCCGACAAUAAUACCAAUAAUCAACACCACCACCGAUAUCUCCUCCCGCUGACCUCAUAUCCUUGAAUCCUGACUACAGUCACCUAAACUUCCACUCUCUGCCGUUCUCUCAACAGCAGAGAUCGUCGUCGAGCAAAAAGCUUAGCAACACUACAUCCCACAACUUCGCAAUGGCGUUGAAGCGUAUCAACAAGGAACUCACAGACCUAGGCCGUGACCCUCCCUCAUCAUGCUCUGCUGGUCCCGUUGGUGAAGAUCUGUUCCACUGGCAAGCGACGAUCAUGGGACCUGGUGACUCGCCGUACUCUGGUGGUGUCUUCUUCCUUGCCAUCCAUUUCCCAACAGACUACCCCUUCAAGCCCCCCAAGGUCAACUUUACGACCCGUAUCUACCACCCAAACAUCAACUCUAACGGAAGCAUCUGCCUGGACAUCUUGAGAGACCAAUGGAGCCCGGCAUUGACUAUCUCUAAGGUUCUUCUCUCUAUCUGUUCCAUGCUGACCGACCCCAACCCUGAUGACCCUCUGGUUCCCGAAAUCGCGCAUGUGUACAAGACCGACCGUGCGAGGUAUGAAGCUACGGCCCGGGAGUGGACUCGCAAGUACGCCAUCUAGGGCGAGUGGCGAGGGGAAGAUUCGUCGGUGAAGCGUAGUGGUUGAUACGGCAGGGCAAUGAGCAUAGCACUUACUGGUAGUGAUACCGGAAGGGACGUGGACCCUCCUUCCGACAUAGGCAAUACGAUUCGCAUUUGCCACUGUCUCUGUCCAUUCGUCGUUAUGGCUUAGUGUGCCUCUUAAAGAACUCUCGAGCACACGACUUUCGGAACAGGCUUAGAAUGACUUGCUGAGGAAGACGAGGUUUUACGAAAGAUAGGCAUGAAUUAAUGGGGUUGUCUGGAGGAACUGCGGCUUUGCAUUUCGAUCCUCUUCGACGUUCAUCCCAGAUCUGUUAUGAUUCACCAAUCCCUUCCCUUUAUGUGACCGCAACCGGUCGUGAAAAUUGAUAUUAGGUUUUAGGCCUACGUUGACGUAUUAGGUUGACCAGUCCAUUGUGUGACCGUAGAUGUUCAUCGACCAGCGUAGGCCAGCAUCAGUAUUGGCCAAAGUGGCAGUUAGCAAUAAGUCUCGAACGAAUUCUAGUGCUUCCUCAUACGGAU